AAGAGUGUGGAGUAGUUCCUGUUGGUGUCGGCGUGUUUAGGUCGUUUCCAUCAGCCUGAUUAUUAAACUUUAAAAGGAGAAACAGAAGAAACAACAGCAGCAGCAGCAGCAGCAGCAGCAGCAGCAGCAGCAGCAGAAGAAGAAGAAGCAGAGAUGGCAAGGAACGCUGAGAAGGCCAUGACGGCUCUGGCUCGGUUCAGACAGGCUCAGCUGGAGGAGGGAAAAGUCAAGGAGAGGAGACCCUUUCUGGCCUCAGAGUGCAGUGAACUUCCUAAAGCUGAGAAAUGGAGACGACAGAUCAUCAGCGAGGUCUCAAAGAAAGUGGCUCAGAUUCAGAACGCUGGUCUCGGGGAGUUUAAGAUCCGGGACCUGAACGAUGAGAUCAACAAGCUGCUGAGAGAGAAGGGGCACUGGGAGGUCCGGAUCAAAGAACUGGGAGGACCCGACUACGCUCGGGUCGGUCCCAGGAUGCUGGAUCACGAGGGGAAGGAGGUUCCGGGGAAUCGAGGGUAUAAAUACUUUGGAGCGGCCAGAGACCUGCCCGGGGUCAGAGAGCUGUUUGAGAAGGAGCCUGCCCCGGCGCUGAGGAAGACGAGGGCGGAGCUGAUGAAGGAGGUGGACGCAGAGUAUUACGGCUACAGAGACGAGGACGACGGCGUGCUGCUGCCUCUGGAGAUGCAGUACGAGAAACAAGCGGUGCUGGAGGCGGUGCAGAGGUGGAGAGCAGAGAAGGAGUCUCGUCUGUCAGGAGACAAACAGCAGCAGCAGGAGGAGGAGGAGGAGGAGGAGAGCAUCUACAGCGUCCACAGAGAGGAGCCGGAUGAGGAGGAGAGCCGGGAGGAGCAGGAGGGAGAGGAGGGCGGAGUCACCUUCAUCGCACACGUACCUGUUCCCUCCCAGAAAGAGGUGGAGGAGGCUCUGGUCCGGAGGAAGAAGAUGGAGUUGUUGCAGCGUUACGCCAGCGAGACUCUUCAGGCUCAGAGUCAGACGGCCAGAACUCUGCUGGGACUGUGACCCGUCUGUCUGUCUGUGACCCGUCUGUCUGUCUGUGACCCGUCUGUCUGUCUGUGACCCGUCUGUCUGUAAAUAUUGGCCCAUUUUUAUUCUCGGCCUGUUUCUUAAUAAAAGUUGUUCCUCUCA